GGCGAAGGAAGGAAGGAGGGGAGGGACGGAGGGGAGGAAGGAGGGCCCAGCGGCGGCCGCUCGGAGGAGGAGGAGGAGGAGAGCUCCCAAUAUGUCCGUCCUGCUGUCUGCGCUGGGACUGCGAGGGCGAAGGGCGGCGGAAGGAGAGGCCGCGGCCUGAGGGGAGAGGCGGUUAUAACCGAAGCCGAGCCGGCGCCUCAGUCUCGCUGAAGGGGGCGAGGGAGACCGCGGCUCCAGGCAAUUCCAAGUCAAAGCAAAUGUUGGAUCCUGCGUUAUCUGAAGGCUUUCAAACAUAACCUGUUCUGUACCUGUUGGCUGAAGGAAUGUAAACCCUAAGGUUUGAAAUCUGUACAAAUAUUGACAGAAGUGCAGUUGUCAGAUUCAUUUGCAAAACAAGCAAACAUGGGUGCAUUUUUGGAUAAACCAAAAACUGAGAAACAUAAUGCUCACGGGGCAGGAAAUGGGUUGCGCUAUGGCCUAAGCAGUAUGCAAGGAUGGAGAGUGGAAAUGGAAGAUGCUCACACAGCUGUUGUAGGAAUUCCUCAUGGUUUGGAGGACUGGUCCUUCUUCGCUGUUUAUGAUGGUCAUGCAGGAUCUCGUGUGGCAAAUUACUGCUCAAACCACUUAUUAGAUCACAUUACUAACAAUGAAGACUUCAGGGGAUCAGAACAGCCCAGCUCUACUUUUGAACCUUCAGUGGAAAAUGUAAAGAGUGGAAUCAGAACUGGCUUUUUGAAAAUUGAUGAAUACAUGCGCAAUUUUUCAGAUCUCAGAAAUGGCAUGGACAGGAGUGGUUCAACAGCAGUGGGAGUUCUGAUUUCACCUGAGCACAUUUACUUUAUCAAUUGUGGAGACUCUCGUGCUGUUCUUUAUAGGAAUGGACAAGUCUGCUUUUCAACACAGGAUCACAAGCCUUGUAAUCCUAGGGAGAAGGAGAGAAUCCAGAAUGCAGGUGGGAGUGUCAUGAUUCAGCGUGUUAAUGGCUCAUUGGCCGUUUCCCGUGCUUUGGGGGACUAUGACUACAAAUGCGUUGAUGGCAAAGGCCCUACAGAACAACUUGUUUCUCCAGAACCUGAGGUUUAUGAAAUUGUAAGAGCAGAAGAGGAUGAAUUUAUUGUCCUGGCUUGUGAUGGAAUCUGGGAUGUAAUGAGCAACGAGGAGCUCUGUGAAUUUGUUAAGUCUAGGCUUCAAGUAUCAGAUGAUCUGGAAAAAGUGUGCAAUUGGGUUGUGGACACUUGUUUACACAAGGGAAGUCGUGAUAACAUGAGUAUUGUUCUAGUUUGCUUUUCAAAUGCUCCUAAGGUCUCAGAUGAGGCAGUGAAAAGAGAUGCAGAAUUGGAUAAGCACUUGGAAACACGGGUGGAAGAAAUUAUGGAGAAAGCGGGUGAAGAAGGAAUGCCUGAUCUUGCCCAUGUUGUGCGCAUUUUGUCUGCAGAGAAUAUCCCAAACUUGCCACCAGGAGGUGGUCUAGCUGGCAAGCGAAAUAUUAUUGAAGUUGUUUAUAACAGGCUGAAUCCACACAGAGACAAUGAUGGGGGUGCUGGCGAUCUAGAAGAUCCGUGGUAGCCUUACAGAUCUGCUAAUAUGCUUUUGAAUCAGAAAAAUGGGGAAAAAAACUUUUAAUCAGUUUUCUUCAGUACAAGGGAAAAAUUCUGGUGGAUUUCCAACAUUAUGUGAAAUGGGCAGAAAGAAAUUAUUAGGAUUUUCCAUCAUUUGUUGAUAUUUGUGUUUUCUGAUAUUGCCACUCUUAGCAUUGCCUGUACUACAGUAUUUUUACCAGCCUUGGGCGUAUUGGUUACACCUUUAUGGAGCCUGAGCCCUAAAAACCAAGGAAGGAGUAAUGCUGGGAGCACAUCACUAAAUGUACAUAAAGUACCAUGGGAUUGUAGUUGUACUCUGAAGACACACUAUGGUUUAACAAAACUUAACAGUACGUGCACACUUGAGUGCAAAUAAUUGUAACGAGACACUUACUUCACCUUACCAAGAUGGAAGGCUUUGCAGCUCUGGGCUUGGAAAUCAUUUCAGUUGGGCAAUAUGCUAUAGGAUGUGUAUUAUUGUUUUUUAAUUUUCCAGUUUUACCAGACUGUUAGGUUUUCCCUACAGUGCCCAAAUUGUGAUAUGUUGCCUAUUGCUUGCUUAAGAUAAGGUGUAUUUGGCAAUAAUAUAAGGAGAUUUUAGGCAUCUAAAACCAAUAAGAAUUUUACGCAUGUGUAUAACACAUCCUUAAACUCUUGCUAGAAAAAAAACUUUUUAAACCAAACAACUUAAUUUAUGAUUAGUUGUAUUUGCUUUGACAUCUCACUCAUUGCUGCAAGUUUUUUAAUGCUGAAUAUUUGCCUUUAUUAUAAUGUAAAUUGUGAUUUUGUUCUAAAUGUGGUUUUCUAUAGUUUUUUUCCUUUGAUUUCUAUCAGCUUAAAAGAGAGGUCUUGUGUAAUAUGGGUAUAAUUUUUAAUUGUUUGCAUUAUUUACAAAGUUCAAAUUAUCACUUUGAGAUUACUAUAAAUACAGCUAAAAUUAUCUAUUUUAAAUCUAAGAAAAUAUUAGAGAUAUUUUCAUGGGUUCAGUGACCUUUCAUUUUAUAAGCAAUGGGCAUGGUACAGAGUGGCCGUCAUGUAAGGUACUUGAAGAUUCUUAGUUUAAUUCUAUUUUUGCAAUAACCUUAUUUUUUUCUUAAUUCUUUUGAGUUGUGCAUGUAUUGAGUCCAGUUAAUGCUGAAAGUGGAGAAGAGUAAAGUAUUUAUCUAAAAAAAUAAAUAAAUAAAAGCUAUUGGGGAGGGGAAACAAUGAAUGUAUCCAUCUGUACAUGAUUUACAUGCUGUGGAUGCCUUGUAAGCAUUUUCCUAUUUGUUUAAACUGUGUUUCAACGAGGAUGUAAUUGUCCUUGUGUGUAGUUUAAGCUAAUGACAGUCAUCAACUGGUUUUGUGUGAAAUAAAAUUCAUGGUAUUUUUCUGUAACUUUCCCCCUCCUAUAUACACACUUGAGUGUAAAUCCAUGUACACUCAACAACCUGGUGCCUGUAGCCAGCUUUCCCAAUCAUUUGGUUCAUUGUGUAUCUGAUUUGGGGAGGGGGGGUCUAGAAGAGGAUUAAUGCCACAAUAUAUUUUAUUUAUUCAUUAGAUUUUAGCCUUGUAAGUUAAAAGUGUUCUAAAUGAUGAUGUUAACAGGUAUUUGUCCCCUACUGGUUUUCUUUGGGGGGAGGGAGGGGUGUUAAAAGUUAGAGAAUGAAGAAUGCAAAAUGGUUUAUUGUUCAGACUGUCUACUCUGGUCCAAUCCUGUACUGAUAGUACCUUCCCAGUAUGAUAUUGUGAUGUUUCAUACAAUACAGUGAACAUAACCAACUUGUUAUCUUCAAUAAAGGAUUGCUAAAACAGUGAGAGGUGCUAUUUUGUCGGAAAGGAUAUAGUGACAAAAAAAGUGUUUGCUUCUAGAAUUGUAAAUAUUGUUUGCUUGUUUGCUUUUAUUUGAUAUGUGUAUUCCUGUGGUCUUUGACCUAUAAGAGCUUCAGAACCUAUGUCUGUAUUGCAAUCUUUGGUUUAAAACAAUAAUUAUCUGUUGGUAGUGCACAUAUUAAGACUUGUCACUUUGAAAUUAAUUUGGUCCAAGAUAUUAUAGAGAAAAAUUGAACUGCAGAUGAAAUAAGCAAAAGGAGGUGGUAGUGCAUGGUAACAUGUUGGUGGAAGGUAACCUGUGGCAUCUUCAAAAGUACUACUGAAGAUUUCUGAAAAAUGCUGUGGUGAUCUUCAGACUACUGAGUAUAUAUGGCAGAGGUUGUAGAAACAAAGAGUUUCUCAAGGAGGAAGAGGGGGAAAGGAACUGAAUUAUUGCCAGCACUUGUCUUAUACUUUUCACAGAAGGGGUGAUAAGUGUACUGUUAAAUGAGCUAGAUCCAUGUAUAGCAGCAUCAGGCUGCAAGUGCCUAUAUUUCUGAUCUAAACUGUUUUAUUGGAUGCCAAAGUUUGCCUCUUAUACCUGAUGGAGGAAUACCAUAUGAAUCAUUGUUCUGCAUUUUCGUUUGCCAUAUCUUACUUGGUUCCACCUGACAGCAUACCUUAUUUCUCUUUUUUCACUCCACAAUAAAUGUUAAUACAUCAGCAUUAUUCCCUCAUUCUGGGGAGGAAAUGUGUUGGUGUUGGUACUUAAUGGCUUCGAACCAGACUACCGAACAUGAGGUUCUCUUACUGGAGCAAGGUGGUGAGCCUUUCUCCUUCUCUCUAUGCCUCUUCCAAAUGCUGUUUUGGGGAAUUGGGGAACCUUCUAGAACAGCAUGGGAAGUAGUACCAAAAAUUAUUGGGGAAGGAGGAAUUGGCAGAGAUCACCUGUUCUUCACUCUUUCAGCUGGAGCCUGGGUUGUCUUCUCUGUGGAUAGAAAUAUUCCUUCUUUUUGAGAAAGGGAUGCUGAAUCAAACAGAGUAUAUUUGAAGUUGAAGGCUUUCAUGGCCAGCAUCCAUAGUUUUUUGUGGCUUUUUCGGGCUAUGUGGCCAUGUUCUAGAAGAUUUUCUUCCUUACGUUUCGCCAGCAUCUGUGGCUGGCAUCUUCCAGAUGCUGGCGAAACGUCAGGAAGAAAAUGGCCACAUAGCCCGAAAAACCCACAAAAAAACUACAAACAGAGUAUAAUUUGAAGGCUGUCACUAGAUCGCAAGAUUCAUUGUGUUCACCACCGUGUCAGAAAUCAGAUUAAACUACAUUGUCAAAUUCUUACAGACCAAGACAGUAAAAAAAGAAAAAUCAAGGACAAGUUGUGCACCCUAAAUUCUUUACGAAGAGAACUUUUAUAAAUGGCUUGUUAAGAAGAGGUUGCAAUUUUUAAGUAAUUUAAAAUGUAUCUAGUUAAAUAUGGCAUUGGUUCUUAACACAUUUAUAAUGACUCAUAAUUGUUCUCUUAAAACGCUGUAUUGUGGCACAUUUAAGUUAAACUUAAUUGCCCUACCAUUUCAUAUACGGUCCUGUCUCAUUCCCAUAUGAUGACAUAAGGCGGUUUGCAGAGAACACCUUGAGAUAUCUUGGUUAUUGCUCUUUAUAUAAAAGAGUACAAUUGGACUUCCUUAUUGCUGGAGUAGUCUCAGCUAAUCUCAAUCCAGAGAGCAGCUUUCUGGGAUGUGUAUUUGCCUUAUCUGCAGACCAUCAGUUCUGUUGAAAUGUGAUCUUAAGCUAUAUCUUGGCUUACUUCCAAAUCAGCCCUCUCUUCUUAAUGCCUACUUACCACCACUGUUCGCUGUGCUUGGUUUGAAAUGGCCAGUAACUAGAUGUGCAGAUCUGAAGCAAAUUAAAUUCAGAGUAGCAAGCAGCCUAAUGCUUUAUCCCUGUGUGUAUGUUACUCAGAAGUAAGACCUAUUAUUUACAAAUAGCCUUUCAGUGUGAGAUAUUUUUCUUAAAGUAAUUGACAGUGUAACAGUGACAGACUAGUAGCUCUGUGAUGGCAACUUGAUAUUCAGAUAGCUCUGGGUUAUGAGCACUUUAGGUGCAAUGGCAACUCAGUGUGUUGAAGUGGUGGGUUCCCCGCCUUCUACUUAACACCAAUGUAAACUGUUCCUAUUCAUUUAUGGCAGCUUUGUGAAAAUUUUGAGAUUUAUGUGAUGCGCUGUUGCCUAAGAUUUAGGUUGCCAUGUGGAACAGCCUGCCAGGUGGCAUGGAUUUCUGACAGGCAUCACACUGCUGAUUGGAGCAUAGCUUCCACCAAGAAGUGCUCACUAAUCCCAGUUGCUCAAUCUUUGGUUGAUCUCUAUUCAGCUGGCUUGAUUGGCUGUAACUGCCAAAGUUGCUCAGUAGAGUUGCAGUAAAUCUAACUUCUUACUUGUUCCCACAUCACAGCUAUACCUUUCUUUUCAAAGUCAAAGAAUAAAAAGUAUUAUGUGCUUACAUAACAAGGAAGAUCAAAGUAAGGUCAGCUGUUGUGCUUGAUCUGGAUUAAUCCUUUAAUAUAAAGAAUUGUGUUGAACCCAAAGGGAUGAGAAAUAAUAGCCCAGUUUUUUUUUUUAAAGGGUGUCUUUUUGCUUUGUCUGAAUAUGUUUCAUUUUGGCAUUGUAGAAAACUCAUCUGUCACCAUUAAUCUUGCGUCCUCACAAUGAUAGCACUGUUGAGCUUCUUCAUAGGUUUUGCUUUCGCUUUCCUCUCUUGUGCUCUUUAUGAUCUGUAAGCACCACCUGAACAGUUAGUUUAUGUAGUUCGCUUAAGAUCUAUUUAUUUACCAAACCCUGUACCCUACUCCAUUUAACGAAGUUGUAACAUUCUCUGUGAUGCUUGGGGUAUCUGUAACUUUGUGAAGCUGCUGCAUGUCAGUCUGUUCAUAAGUAUAAAACAUUACUUGUAUCAUAA